AUGGUUAAAACUAGAGAGCUUAAGCCAGAAGAAAAAGGCGGUAUUGUUGCUUUGUUAAAUAAUAAUUUUAUAAAUGCUCAAAUUACAAAAAGAAUUAAAAUACCUGAUAGCAUAGUUCCUACAAAACGGAAAAAUCGAUUACUUAUUCGUGAAGUAAUGAGAAAUAGACGUGCUCCUUUACGGGAACUAACAUCCAAUGUUGGUUUUAAUGUUUCAACAACGACAGCUAGCAAUUAUCUUCAUGAAGCUGUUAUUAAAUCUCAUGUAGCAGCUAAAAAGCCAUUUAUUUCAGAUGAAAAUCGAAAGUAA